CAAUGCUUUGGGAUGUAAAAAACUGAAGGGGUAGCUAUGGAGAUAGAGAGAGCAUUGCUGGCUGCUUCCUUUGACAGGUGUUGAGUAAGGAAAAGUCUCAAACAAGCAUGUAUGCCAAAGGGAAAGGAUCCACUGUCCCUUCUGAUAGCCAGGCAAGGGAAAAGUUAGCUUUAUAUGUGUAUGAAUAUUUACUGCAUGUAGGCGCUCAGAAAUCCGCACAGACUUUCCUAUCAGAGAUACGAUGGGAGAAAAAUAUCACAUUAGGCGAACCUCCUGGGUUUUUACACUCGUGGUGGUGUGUAUUCUGGGAUCUGUACUGUGCAGCACCGGACAGACGGGAGACAUGUGAACAUUCAAGUGAAGCCAAGGCGUUCCACGACUAUAGUGCAGCUGCUGCUCCCAGUCCUGUGAUGGGUAACAUGCCACCUAACGAUGGGAUGCCAGGUGGACCCAUGCCACCAGGGUUCUUUCAGGGGCCUCCAGGUUCUCAGCCGUCACCUCAUGCACAGCCUCCUCCACACAACCCCAAUAACCCCAUGAUGGGCCCUCACAGUCAGCCCUUCAUGUCUCCCAGGUAUCCUGGUGGCCCAAGGCCUAACAUCAGAAUGCCAAAUCAGCCUCCUGUUGGUGUUCCAGGAUCACAGCCGCUGCUGCCAAACUCCAUGGACCCCACACGGCCACAAGGGCACCCCAACAUGGGAGGGCCCAUGCAGAGGAUGAACCCACCACGAGGCAUGGCAGCUAUGGGUCCCCAGAAUUAUGGCAGUGGGAUGAGACCUCCUCCCAACUCGCUAGGUGGCCCGGGCAUGCCUGGGAUGAACAUGGGUCCUGGGGGAAGGGGUCCAUGGCCGAACCCCAAUGCUAAUUCAAUAGCAUACUCGUCAUCGUCACCAGGAAACUAUGUGGGUCCACCCGGAGGUGGGGGUCCUCCAGGAACACCCAUCAUGCCCAGCCCAGGAGACUCUACAAACUCCAGCGAGAACAUGUACACGAUGAUGAACCCCAUAGGACCAGGCGGGAGCAGGCCUAAUUUCCCAAUGGGCCCUGGUCCUGAUGGACCAAUGGGAGGAAUGGGUGCAAUGGAACCUCAUCAUAUGAACGGAUCACUAGGCUCUGGAGACAUGGAUGUGUUGCCAAAGAACUCUCCAAAUAACAUGGCAGGGAUGAAUAAUCCUCCAGGAACACCUCGAGAUGAUGGAGAGAUGGCUGGAAACUUUUUGAACCCCUUCCAAAGUGAAAGCUAUUCACCCAGCAUGACCAUGAGCGUCUGAUAUCCUGUGAUACGCCAUUGGAUUGAGCUGUCUCAAAAGGCCUCUUCUGCCGAGGACAACCAAUGCCCAAGCAGUGAGGAUUACAAAUACAUUUUGCAUAUUGUAUAUUUAAAAGCAGGAAAGAA